AUGCCUCCUAGUAUCAUAGACAGGGAGCAACAAGUUUUUGGCGAGGGCCGUCGCGACACUAGCUUGAAGGCAAACUGGCGUAUCUUCGCCAUCACGCUAUACUUGGGCACUUCGCUCUUCGAGUAUGGUUUUGACAAAGGCGCCAUUGCGGGCUUCCAGGCCAUGCCUGGUUUCCUACAGGUCUUUGGCUACCAGACUCUAGAUGGAAAUUGGGCUAUCCAUUCCGGGCCUCAGCAGAUUAUCUCCUCGUUCAUGGUCCUAGGCAAUAUGAUCGGCUCCGCCUCCACUGGAUUCAUUGGUUCUUACAUCGGGCGCCGCUAUGCCUUGAUGUUAGGGUCACUACUCGUGAUUGUCUCGACAGUCAUCAUGUCCGAGACAACCUCGAUGGGAGCGCUCUACUUUUCUAGACUCCUCAUUGGUAUCGGCAAUGGCAUACUACUCAACUUCACGGUAUUGUACCUGCAGGAGUGUACCCCCGCGUACUUUCGUGGCUUAUGUAUGAGUAUGGUGACUUGCUGGAUUGUGAUUGGAACUACGAUUGGCAUGGUAGUCAACAAUAAAACCGCCAGCAUUAUGAGCCGCCAAGCCUAUCAGAUUCCCCUCUACAUCUGUUACCCGGCUCCAGUUAUCCUCAUUCUGACACUGCCAUUCUUCCCUGAAACCCCUCGCUGGCUGCUGCAUCGUGGAAAACCCGACGAGGCCUUCCGCAGCCUGCAAUUUUUCCGCAGGGGCACUUAUGAUGAAGUUGCACUGCGGGAGGAGUUUGAGGAGAUGAAGGCUGCUGCAAGACGCCAAAGAGAGGUCCAGACAAGCUGGAUUACAUUCUUCAAACUCUUCCGCGGUCCUAAUUUGCGGCGGACGAUGGUUGCCGUCGGUGUUGGCACUACGAAUGCUGCUAUAGGGGCAAUGUUCGUUCUUGCUUUCGGUACCUACUUUUUUGAAGUGGCUGAGGUCUCUGAUCCGUUCCAAUGGAUUAUCGUCACCAAUUGUAUUGGUAUCGCUGGUCUGCUUUUGACCUGGGCGGUUGUCACCCGCGUUGGCCGUCGGCAAAUCAUUCUCGUUGGUUGUGCUCUUUGCACAACUACCAUGCUCAUCAUGGCCUCCGUCUUCGCCGCACCCAAUGUUGAUAAAGCCAGCAAAGACAUUGCUCUCAUCGUUACCGUAUCAGUGUAUAUAUUCGGCUUCAAUUUUGGCGUAGAACCUUACGUCUACCUCGUUGCCGGUGAGAUACCUUCCCAGCAGCUCCGUGGCUAUACCCUGGGCUUCUCGACCACUGUCAGCUUUUUCUUUGGGUGGUUGACCGCCUUUACAACGCCUUACUUUAUUAACCCGACAGAGCUUAACUGGGGCCCCAAGUAUGGGUACGUGUGGUUCGGGAGCGGCCUCAUAACUACUGCCUUUAUAUGGUAUUGCUUGCCUGAAGUGCGAGGCCGGACCCUCGAGGAAAUUGAUGAGAUGUUCCGCAAUAAUGUGCCCACGAGAGAGUUCUCCAAGUAUGUGUGUAUAGAGAACCUCGAAGCACAGGAAAGGGGCAGGAAGGAAGUCAAGGCUGAAGACAAUCCCACCGAGGCGCACGUUGAGGUAGUCCAGUAA